AUGUUACGAGUUGAUGCUGAAAAAUUGGAUUCGGAACAGAAAAAAAUUUUAACAAAAAAGGCAAAUAAACCAUUGAUGGAGAGGAAGCGAAGAGCACGAAUCAAUAAGUGCCUUUUUGAGAUGAAACAAAUGCUAGUGGAUGAUGUUAAAAAUGGGUCUCUAAACCAUUCUAAAUGGGAGAAAGCAGAUAUUUUGGAAAUGAGUGUCGCUUAUAUUAGACAGCUGAAAAGACGUAUUGCUGCCAAUAACAAAACAAAACAAGCCUUUUCGCUACCAUACUUUGUAGAUGGUUUCUCAGACUGUGUACGCGAAAUGCAAAAUUAUACAUUGCUAGAAAAAUGGCCAGAUGAUUUUCGAGAAUACAAUAAUCGUCUCACAAGUCAUUUGAAUGCUCGUUUACAAUUACUUAUCAGUGAACCGGUCAUGAAGGUAACCGUUCAAUAG